UCCUGUCCCUUACCCCUGUCCUCUGCAGAUCCUCUGGACUUUCUCCAUCUACCUGGAGUCAGUGGCCAUCUUGCCACAGUUGUUCAUGGUGAGCAAGACGGGUGAGGCAGAGACCAUCACCAGCCACUACCUGUUUGCACUGGGUGUCUACCGUACACUCUAUCUCUUCAACUGGAUCUGGCGCUACCACUUCGAGGGCUUCUUUGACCUCAUUGCCAUCGUUGCUGGCCUGGUCCAGACAGUCCUCUACUGCGAUUUCUUCUACCUCUAUAUCACCAAAGUCCUAAAGGGGAAGAAGCUGAGCUUACCGGCAUAGCCCUGGCCUCACCAGCCUUCCGAGGCAGGGCAGGAGGCAGCAGAGGAAGGCCGCUGAAGACCAAGAGCCUUCCUAUCCAGAGUUGACUUUUUAAAGAGCUCACCUCUCCCGGCUCCCCACCCCUCCAGCUGGGUUUUGGGGGUCAGUGGAAGACCCCUAUCCUGGGGAGCUCAGGACCUGAGAGCUGUUUGUAGCCUUUUGCCUUUUAGAGAAGAAAAACAAAAAAACAAAUCUUUCCACUAUUUAGUUUUUGAUUCUGAUGACUUUUUUCUCUUCUACCCUGGCCCUGAUUUUUUAUAAACUGUGUUUUGAGUGUUCUCUGGACCAGGGCCAGCCGAGGUCUACUCCCUUGUCUAAGCCACUUGUCUCCCUCCAAGAUCCCACCCCAGCCCCAUGGUUGCCAAACACUACGUCUGCCAAUGCCUGCCUGCCUACCUUGGCUGUGGCCACGAUCCUCCCCACAAGUUCCUGGACUGGUGGUAAGAAGGAAGAAAGUUAAGGAGGGUCUUCCUAAUUUUUCAUAUUUUUUCCCCAGAAUUUGUUAGCUUUUUCUGUGGGGGGUAGUAGGGGGGUUGUCCUGUUUUUGUCAAAUUAGGGGAUGCUUUGGGCUUAUUCGAGGGAAGGGGGCUAGCUGGCCUGGGGGUCACCACACUCUAACACCAUGUUUUUGUACAGAAUUUGAUGGCUGAUUCUUUGUUCUCUUGAAAUAAACCAAGGAAAACUGUC